GAGGCGGGGCGGAGGGGCAGGAAGCGCCUCUCAUUGGCGGGAGCCCGGCGGCCAUUUCGGGAAGGCGGAAGCGGCGCGCAGCGGCGGAGGUGACUGGGAAAUGGAGAAAACUUUGAACAGAAUUCAUCCAGUUUCUGAUCCAGAAGCAGUGUAUUUUCUACAAGUAUCAUGGGAAAAAGAUUUAGGCACUGGCUUUGGUAUAAUACUUACUGAUGGUGAAUGUGCGUGGACUGGGACAGUGUCUGAAGCUGAAAUUUCUAGGGAGGCUUCUGACAUGGAAAUGAAUAGAGAAAAGUAUGUUGAAGAACUGAAGAAAGCACUGAUACUUGGAGAAGAAUCAGCUGGUAAAUACAACUUCGCUUUUUCAAGAGAUGAAGAAAAUGCAGUCUGUCACUUCUCCUAUGAAAGAAAUCUGAAAGAUGGCUCUUUCAGGCUUGGAUCUCUGAAGCUACAAAAAGUUUCAAGUCCAGCUGAGGUGGUAAGAGAGCUGAUUGGGUAUUGUCUGGACUGCCUGGGAAGACUCCAGGUGAAAAAUGAGCACCUGCAAAAAGAAAAUGAAAGGCUUUUCAGUGAUUGGAGUGAUGUGGAGAAACGGUUGGAAAAAUGUGUAGAAGCUAAAGAAGAGCUAGAGGCAGAUCUUUAUAACCGGUUUAUUUUGGUGCUGAAUGAAAAGAAGGCGAAGAUAAGAAACUUGCAGAAGUUGUUGAAUGAAGCUAAGCAGUCUGCAGCAGAUACCAAAUGUACAAGGGAAAGUGUAGCUACAACUCAGAUGGCUACUGAGCAAGGAAAUGACUAUGAUGGCAGUACUGAAGAGGAAAGUGAAAAUUUAACAUGUUCCACAUUACCAUCGGCACCAGAACGCAAUGAUUCCCUUCUGGGCAGCCCUGAUGUCAUCAAUACCACUCCAAGACGAAAGAGAAGACAAAGGACAGUAAAACCUGCUGGAACAGGAGCUAAAAUGGCUACUUAUGAGACAGAAAUGCCAGCAAAGGAAAUGCCUGAUCCUGCCUCACAGAAGACGUCAGGCAAGCAUUCUCUGGAUGUGAUGUCUCUUGAAACACUGGAAAACACUUGUGAGCCGGAGGACCUCUUUGAUGAUAUCUAGCUAUGUGUUGUCUGAGAAACUCAGAGACUGGUGCUCCACAUCAAGUUUAGUUAUAAAACUAAAAGGCUUUGGUAUAGAUGCAGAGCCAAAAUCUGUACGGUAUUUGAUGACAUAUUGCUUUAAUUCCCUUGCACUGGCCUUGUCCCUGUUCUUCACUGCACGGUUGUAGACCCUUUGCCUGCUGAGUCUUGAUUUGUGACAGCCUUGAAAUCAGUUCAGCCCAUGUGUAGAGCUUUUACCACAUGCACAUGGGGAAAGAGAGCCCCAUCACAAUGUUUUUAUAUCCUAACAGUCUUUCUUUCGCUGUUAGUUGUAUCCAGGAUCAACCGGUUUUCAGAUGUCCCCAGAGAAUAAAUCAGACAUAAGGACUACUUAAGGCUGUCACUGUACUUACCCAAUACUAUGCCCCUUUAACGAGCAGCUCAGCUUAGAUGUGGUCUAAUUCCUCAGCUUUGAUUGAGGUACAUCUUUAAAAAAUCAAGUGUGCAAAGAAAUGACUUUUUGCUUUUUAAAGAUUCUUUGUAGUAUUAUGCAUGAUAUGGUGCAUACCUGCUUUGGGGAGUAAAGUGGUUAAUAUUGAAUCUGUUUUGACCUUCUGUAGAAUGCCGUAGACCUGUAGAAACCCACAGACUUUAAAAGAGACAUUUUGAUAUUUUAUUAUUUUUCUUAAGAUGGUUUCUAAAAUAAUAAAAUGCUUUCUAAAAAGGCA